AUGUCGAAAUGCUUCAGCUUCACCGCGUCUAGAGAUUGGUUCUACCGCUACUGGUUCGCAAAAUCGGGCUUACGCUCCGUGUCUACCAGCCUCGGGGAUGGCACGGUUAUGCAAUGCUGGGUCCCCAAAAUCCGCAAACCUUCCAAGCCGAACCUGGUCCUAGUCCACGGGUUCGGCGCGAAUGCGAUGUGGCAAUAUGCGGAGGCCCUCCACCACUUCACCCCACGGUUCAAUGUUUACGUCCCGAACCUGAUCUUCUUUGGCCGGUCCUACACAUCACGCCCCGACCGGACCGAGUCAUUCCAGGCGCAAUGCCUAAUGAGGCUGAUGGAUUUGCAGGGCGUGAAGAGAAUGUGCAUGGUCGGGAUAAGCUACGGCGGGUUUGUGGCAUACAGCAUGGCCGUGCAGUACCCGCAGGCAUUGGACCGGCUGGUCUUGUGCUGCACCGGGGUUUGCUUGGAGGAGAAGGACUUGAAGGCGGGAUUGUUCCCGGUCAAGAGUCUAGAGGAGGCGAAGCUGGUUUUGAUGCCGCAGACGCCCGAUAAGCUUAGGGAAUUGAUGCGAGUCUCCUUUGUCCGACCCGCUACCGGGGUUCCCUCUUUUUUCCUAAGUGAUUUCAUCAAGGUUAUGUGUUCAGAGUAUGUUGAAGAGAAGGGGGAAUUGAUCCAAGAGAUACUCAAAGAUCGAAAACUAUCGAGUCUACCCAAAAUCAGACAGUCCACAUUGUUGGUAUGGGGAGAGCAAGAUCAGAUAUUCCCCCUGGAGCUGGGUCACAGAUUAAAAAGGCACAUUGGGGAUAGUGCUGAACUGGUGGUGAUCAAGAAUGCAGGGCAUGCGGUGAACUUGGAGAAGCCUAAGGAAUUCAUCAAGCAUUUGAAGCUCUUCCUUCUGUGA